UGUCUCAAAACGGUUUUUGUUGUCCAUUUAGUUCCCUCUCACCAAAGCAUGUUCCCUCUCUUUCCCUCCAAACCCUCUCUCUAGCUCAUAAAUCUCUCUCUCUCUCUCUCUCUUUAAAACCAGAAGAGAAAGAACCUCUGUUCUUCUUCGUUGCUUCUAUCAGGAAAAGUAGUAGUUCAAGAACUGAAAAAAAAAAUGCAAACCGACUCGUCGUCGAGCACCGUCACCGCGAACACCAUGUCCGCCUCGCCAUUCAAGUCGCAACUGUUCCAUCCAAAUGAUGUCGUUUACAGCUCUCUCUACUCUCCUCCGACCUACUCAUCCGACUCGCUGAAUUCGGACUCAGUCUCCAACUCCAACCGCCUGUACCACUCUCGGACCGUACAGGAGCACCAGGAGAACGUGAACCGGAAUUCUCUGUACCUCACUCGCCUCCGCGAGGCAACCGGAGAAGUCGAGGCUCUCCGCCAGGAGAACAGCCACCUCCACGUCGUCAACCGCGAGCUCAACAAGCAACUCAGCCUCCUCAUCCACGCUUUGCUCCGCUCCUCCACCACCUCCAACGACUUCACCACUGCGGCGUCUUUUUCUGCUCUCGACGCCGCGUUCCGAAGGUUGAGAAUCGGAGGAGGAAUGAACGAAGGAAGCGAUCACGAUCACGAUCAGAUCCCCUGGGAUGACGUGGCGGCGGUGCCAGAUCUGAUUGAGAGUCCGACGAGCGUGAUCGAGAGCGGAAGGCUCCAGAACGCUGACGUGGAGCGUUUCUCGUUACCGAAGAGUAUCUCCGUCAGGUCCAAUGGUUACUUGAAUAACAAUCCCGCUCAUCACCAACCAGCUGGUUCCACUCGCACGACUCGGACCGCGACUCGGCCCCGACCCGCGAGUCCACUCAACGUCACGCAAAAGGUGUAUGUGCCUGGAGUGAAGAAAGAGGAGGAGCCACUUGAACUAGAAGUGUACAACCAAGGCAUGUACAAGACGGAGCUAUGCAACAAAUGGCAAGAGACCGGAGAAUGCCCUUACGGAGACAACUGCCAGUUUGCCCACGGUGUAGAGGAGCUCCGCCCAGUCCUCCGCCACCCACGCUACAAGACCGAAGUCUGCAGGAUGGUCCUUACUGGUGUUGUCUGCCCCUAUGGUCAUCGAUGCCACUUCCGCCACUCACUCACUGAACAAGAGAGAGCCAUGGGUCCUCUUUUGCCCAGGGCAAUAAAGCUCGAAAGGUAAAUAGUAUUAUCACCCAAAAGCAAUUGGUGGUUGACGAGAGAAACUAUUCUUGAUAUUUGAGUAUAUUCAGAUUUUUGUAAAGCCUCGAUCGGAUCACGACAAUGGUACAUAAUACUCAUUGAUAUAACCGGAAUAAAUAAAACUAUGGACAUACAUAAGAUAAGAAAUACUUAGCGUCGUUAGCGUGGUGAAGUACAAUUUGUUGAAGGCUUCUCUGGCCCAAAGGAUGGAUUUUAAUUCGAAGAUGGUUCUCAUGUGCUUUUUUUUUUUCCUUACAAUCGUUGUGCAAUUAAAAAUGACAAACUGAAACAUCAUACAUAUGUGGUUUUUUUUUUUUUUUUGGUCACCAAA